GCAAGUGCGGAGGAUCCUGAUCCGGGGGGCCUAGGUAUACGGACACCAGCUUACACACGGGGGACUGCGAGCUGACAGAAGCUGCCUUCUACGGGGCUUGGAGCGACUAACUUCCCAGUGGGGAGCGCAAGGGUCCAGAUGGUUGGGCUUCGAGCGGCAUCAUCUCAACUCACCACCUAUGGCGGCGAGCCCUCGAAGUCGUCCAACAGACAAAAUGACGUUGAGUUGGAGCUGACAACCGCCAGCAACCACAGCACCUUUAGCAGCAGCAGCAGCGGUGGAGGUAGCAGCAGCAGCAGCAGCAGCAGCAGCUCCCUUCCUGGAGGCGUAUCUACAUUGAAGGUUAUGCGGGGGUCUUCUUUCCGCAAGGCCACUCCCCCGGCCACUCCGCCGCUAAGCGUCGCUUCGUCCCACGGCAUCGGCGGCGAAUGCAGCUGCCACAGCAGUAGAAAACGUCCGACAAGAAAGACUCUAGGAGGACCUAUUAGCGGCUGCGUGGGUGGCGUCAUCAACGACAACAACGACUGCGGCGGCGUCGACUACCGGUACGGGGGGUCAUCGCCGCCGCCUCCGCGACCGACACCCCCGACGCCGUCGCAACACGGCCACCGUCAUGCUCGGACCUGUUCCUGCCGCUACGCCGAGAGCGACUCCGAGUGCGAUGACGACAGCAUUGGUGGCAAUGGAAACAAGCUGGGGCCGCCGACUGGUAAGACGCCGGCAAUCAAGAGGCCACGACGCCGUCGUGUCCGCUGCUGCCUCGGCAGCCGGUGCUUGUUGGUCGCCUGCCUCUGCCUGGUCGUGGCGUGGGGAAGCUUCAAGAUCGCCUGGUAUUUCCAGUGGCAGGCGUGGUGCGUGGAGGGGUGCUAUGACGCGGAGGCGGCGAAGACGGGCUCUCAGGGGCCGGAACAGGUGCACCUCGCGUACGGCGGGGUCGACGCAGAGGGGAACCCAACGGGGGUGACGGUGGUGUGGACCACUGCGGCGGGCGAAGCCCCUCCUGUGGUGGAGUACGGGCUGAGCAGGGACGAGCUUAACCUGACGGCGCACGGCAGCUCCGUCCGCUACCUGGACACGGUCCACCACAGGGCACCCCUCGAAGACCUCGCUCCGGGCACCCGGUUCUUCUACCGCUGCGGCAACCCGUCUUCUCCGGCGGCGGCGGCGGCGGCAACGACAGGUGGCGGUGCCGGAGGGGGUGGCGGCGGCGGCGAAGGUGCCCCUGAGGGCCGCCCUCCAACGCUAGACUUGUCCGUUGGCGGCGCCGGCGGGGGGUUGUAUUCAGGGCCAACUUUGGGUUCGGACGGUUCUGUCUCGUCUGAGAUUGGCUCCACGUCGGCGGAGGCGGCGGAAGCUACGGUGGGAACGGUGGGAGUGCGGGGUGGUGGUGACAGCGGGGGCGACGGGGUGGUGACGGCGGCUGUGGUUACGGAAGGCGGAAAGUGGUCCGGAGUUUCGUCCUUCGUGACGGCACCGGAACCUGAAAGGUGGGAAGGGGACGGCCCGUGGGACCGGCCCGUGUCCGUGGCGGUUGUCGGCGACCUGGGUCUGGUGAACGGCGGCGCCACGUUCGACCGCCUGCACCGGCUUGUGGAGGACGGCGAGGUCGAUUUUGUUCUGCACCUGGGCGACAUCGGAUACGCUGACGAUGCCUUUUUGGAGCGGCCUUGGUCAUUUGGCUACGAAGACAAGUGGGAUGCUUUCAUGAGAAGGGCUUCCCACGAGUUUGCCGCCAAGGUCCCUUACAUGGUCGUGCCAGGGAACCACGAGGCUGAGUGCCACAGCCCGGCGUGCCUCUCCUCUCCGCGGAGACUCAACGCGCUGAGCAACUUCGCCGCCUUCAACGCGCGCUUCCGGAUGCCGUCCAUAGAGAGCGGCGCGGAUCACGGGGUGUCCAUGUGGUACUCGUUCAACGUCGGCCCCGUCCACUUCGUAGUCGUGGACACGGAAACGGACUUCGAGGGAGCGGGAGGGGACCACCUGCACUGGGUGGGGUUCGAGCACGGGAACGGGGGGUUCGGGGACCAGGCCGCUUGGCUGGAGCAGGACCUCGCUGCAGCGCACCAGGAACGCGACGUCCGGCCUUGGAUCGUCGUUGCGGGCCACCGUCCGAUGUACUCCACGGAGAAGUCCGACAGCGAAGGCCUGACUUCUUUCGGCCAUUCCAACCGAAUACGAAAGGCGUUCGAGCCCAUUUUCGAGAAGAACAAGGUCGACAUGUACCUCAGCGGGCACGUGCACGCCUUCGAGCGGUCGUUACCGGUUCUCGACAAUGUGCCGUACCCCAACGACGUUAGCGGUAGUGGCAUGAACGGCGGCGGCGAUGGUGUCGGAGCCUCUCCGCAGUCUUUGCGCACUUCGUCCUCUUCGAGCAGGAUGGUGUACGAGAGCCCCGUUGCGCCGGUACACAUCGUCAACGGAGCGGGCGGCUGCAUAGAGGGGUUCACGAAACCGGAACCGGUGUACCCGGCGUCCUUCCCGCCGUGGCGCGCCGUGGCGAUGAGCAUGGUGCCAGGCGUCGGCAUCCUCACGUUCUCCAGCAAGGCGGAGAUGCGAUCGACGUUUGUGACGAGCGAUAGCCCGGCAGAGGUCCUCGACGAGCUCACGAUUCGGCAUCAACGUCCACCGCUCCGUUAGUUGAAGCCGAAAAAGUUGCUUUUGGUGUUGCGUGUGUGAGCGAGGCGGAGAUUACCCCCCGGCCAAUGAGUGUGGUGUAAGUAAAGGACGUUGCGGUAAUUUCCUUGUGUGUUUGGUUGGGCCAGGAAGGGGAAGGAAGACGAGAAAUAUGAAUUCGCCAUCCGGGCCCCCAGAAAGAUCCCGCCCGGAGGACCCGCGUUGGCACCGUUAAACGCGGCGGACGGUUGCGGCAGAGCUCGAGCUAGCGGGCGCUUGUUGUUGUCUUAAUAUCGUGUUCAGGACCCCGACAAAAACCAGCCCGUGAGGUUUUUGUAAGUGUUUGAUGAUGUGUGGUGCGAAUUGUACAGGUAGUCUGGCGCUCGUAGGAUGUGUUGCUAACCAACAACCGCUCCUCGUCUUCAUUUUGUUGACCUUGGUCUUUGUCUCGGCAAAGGUCGUUGUGUCGUUGUAGGGCGACCUGCCGUCCAAAAUCCCUCGCCAUUGUUUUCUCGCCGCUUGCAUGUCCUGGACGUUUCAAGGUGGUUCAUGUCGAGGGUUUAUUGUCCUCAGUUGACCGUCGCUUCCGCAAUCACGAACAUAAUGUUUACGUUGAUGGCCCGCGGCUAGGCUCGGUGGGUCGCCUCAGAAGAACAUUGUUGCUGCCUGUGGUUUGUUUGUUGUUGCUGGCUGCAUGGUUUGUUCAUUGUUGUGGUCUGCGUGGUUUGUUUAUUGUUGCUGUCUGCAUGGUUCAUCGUUUUUUUCUGCGUGGUUUGUUUUCGGCUGCGAAGCACAGCAGCAAGGGCCUCUGCUGACGAUCGUUUCUCAAUUCAUGAAAGACGACUGUCUCCGACGCACGGCAGCAC